AUGGCCGAGUCAACGACACCAACAUAUACAAUCUGCCAGGCAGACGGGUUGUAUCCCGACGACACCGUAGAACAGCAGAUCUUCGCGCCUCAGCAAGGCCAGAAGUACAAUCUCGAAUAUUUCCAGGCGAAUCUGUGGCCCUCACAAGCUCUCGAGCCGAAGCCGUGGUCGGCGAUACCGGAAGAUGUACGGCAGAGGAUUCAUGGCAUCCUCGUGUUGAAGCUGCCCUUUACUCGCGAGGAUGUUGCUUUGUUUCCCAAUCUGAAGGUCAUCCUGCGCAUGGGUGUCGGCUACGAUCGACUCGACCGCGUUGCGUUGGCAGAGAAGAACAUUACUGUAUGUAAUUGUCCCGACUAUGGAACGGCAGAAGUCGCCGAUCACGCCCUCGCACUCGCCUUGACGUUAAGACGUGGCAUACUGCUUCACAACGACCGCCAACGAGCGACUCCCCCGGCGCCAUACGCAGUCAUUGAAACACCGCUGGUGAGAAGAUUGCAACGUUCGACAUUUGGCAUCCUUGGACUCGGCCGCAUUGGCACCGCGGCAGCGAUCAGGGCAAAGGCAUUCGGGUUUCACGUUCUCUUUUACGAUCCCUACUCCCCGAACGGCUUUGAUAAAAGUCUGGACAUUGAACGGACAAAAGACAUCAAGGAACUCUUCCGAAGAUCGAAUGUGUUGAGCAUACAUUGCCCUUGUACUCGACAAACGAGGGAAAGUGUCGGCUACGACCUGCUCUCUCUUCUACCUCCAGGAUCUGUGCUUGUCAACACUGCACGCGGCGAGAUCGUCGAUCUCGACGGCGUGGAGAGGUGCCUCAAGGAGGGCAUCCUGGCUGGUGCUGGUCUGGAUGUUAUGCCCGUAGAGCCGGUUCCAGAUGACAACGUGCAUAGCCUCAUCCAAGCCUAUAGGAGGAAGGAAGAAUGGCUGGAAGGAAGAAUGGUCAUGACUUGCCACUCCGCCUUCUACAGCCCCGAAAGCUUCGUCGAUAUUCGGGUGAAGAGCGCGCAAACAAUGCGGGACGUUCUCAUUGAUGGCCUGGACGGCAAUAUUAUUACUCCAGACAUGGAAUGA